AUGUUGCCACCAGUUCUCAUCAUUUCAAUAAGUAUUGUUUGUAUUGAAGUUGUUGUUGGAGUUAUUGGAAAUGGAUUUAUUACAGCUGUUAUUAUCCUUAAGUGGAUCAAAAGCAAAAAAAUUUCUUCUGUCAACUUGAUCCUGAUCUUUCUGAGCACAUCAAGAUUUAUCUUGCAGAUGACCAUACUGAUGUACAUUCAUAGUCUCUACUUUGUGGAUAUAUUUAAAUUGGCUUCCAUGUACAAAGCUUUUGGAGCUGUAUGGAUGUUUGUAAACCAUGCCAGUUUGUGGUUCAGUACCUGGCUAUAUGUUCUCUACUGUGUGAAAAUAAUCAAUGUCACCCAACGGCUGUUGCUGCAAAUCAAGCUCAGAAUAGCUAUGAUGGUCCCAUGUCUGCUUCUAGGAUCACUGGUGAUCUCUUCUGUGACUUCUUUUCCUUUACUAUGGAUUACACCCAGCGCUUAUCUCUGCAGCUCAACGGGGAACUGUAGAGAAAACAGCACAGCACAUACCACUGAUUGGAACAGUUCGCAUCUCUACCUACUGCUUCUUUACAUUGUAGGUAGCUUUCUUCCUCUAGUACUAUCUGUGGUAACCUCAGCUCUAUUAAUCACAUCUCUAUGUAAACACACAAAGAGGAUGCAAUGUUAUGUAGAUACUUUCAGAGAUCCUUUGAUAGAUGUUCACAUAACUGCCAUUAAAUCCAUAAUUUCUUUCUUGAUCUUAUAUCUUUCCAGUUUUGUAGCUCAAAUUCUGUUGACACUAUCAACUUCCCAAAGUAAAGAUGUCGUGAAAGUUGCAGUAUCCUUAGUUCUAGCUGGGGCAUAUCCUUCCAUACACUCUAUUAUCCUGAUCACAGUAAAUUCAAAACUAAAAUUGGCAUUCUGGGUGCUUUGUCAGCAUCUUAAGUGCCCUUUGGAAGACUUGUCUCCAUGCCUCCUAUUAUAG